GAGAUAUAUAUAAUAUAGAUAUAGAUAGCACCAAUGAAUAGUCACGAAGGAUUUAAAAUAGUGUGUUCUAUGGAUUUAAGGGUUCAGUUGAGUUGACAGAGGUGAGUUCAGAAUACAAACAACAUACAAGGGUCUACUAAAAAGACUGUUUAAAAUCAGUAUAAGUUCUUCAACAAGAGGAGAGAGAUCUGAAUUUGGUGAUACUGAAAAAUCAUGGCUUCAAGUUCAACGAAAAACAGUCCGUUAUUACCCAUGACGACGGAUAUCGAUUCACCACCGCCGCGGACGGAGGAGAAGCUCUUCAAAGGAUCGGCCAUGACCAAACGCGGUGCUUAUGCUGCUAUCUCUUACAUGUCCUGUGCUGUUCUCUUGGUAUUGUUCAAUAAGGCAGCUCUUUCUUCAUACAACUUCCCAUCUGCAAAUGUCAUCACAUUCUGCCAGAUAAUAUGUUCAUGUUGUUUUCUUUAUCUCUUAAGACGGCUGAAGCUCAUUUCUUUUCAUUUGAGUGAAUCUCUGGCUACGCCUGACAAUUUUAAAACGUUUGUGCCACUGAAGACAGUAAUUGAUAGUUUACCUGUUGCUGUGACCUAUCUUCUCUACAUGCUAGUCACGAUGGAGUCUGUUCGGGGAGUAAAUGUACCCAUGUACACAACCCUUAGGAGGACAACCGUUGUGUUUACAAUGAUUGUGGAAUCCAUUCUUGCAGGUCAGAGGUACAGUCGUCCUAUUAUUGGAAGUGUGGUGAUAAUCGUGUUCGGUGCUUUUGUUGCUGGAGCUCGGGACUUGUCAUUUGACUUUUAUGGCUAUGCUGUUGUCUUCUUAUCCAACAUCACAACUGCGAUAUACCUUGCCACCAUAGCACGUAUUGGAAAAUCAAGUGGCCUCAAUAGCUUUGGCCUAAUGUGGUGCAAUGGAAUUGUCUGUGGACCUUUCUUACUUGUUUGGUCACUUAUUCGAGGUGAUCUGGCACUGACAAUGGAUUUCCCUUACUUAUUUUCACCAGGUUUCCUGGUUGUAAUGCUUAUGUCUUGCAUAUUGGCAUUUUUCUUGAACUACUCUAUAUUUCUCAACACAACCCUGAAUUCAGCCGUCACACAGACGAUAUGUGGUAACUUGAAGGAUCUUUUCACAAUCUCGCUAGGAUGGUUCAUAUUUGGCGGGCUUCCAUUUGAUUUGUUGAAUGUCCUUGGGCAGCUUCUGGGAUUUGUUGGCUCCGGUCUCUAUGCCUACUACAAACUCAUGGGCAAGUGAUUGUCGAGAAUGUCCAUAUGAUCUUUUCCAGGAGAGUAUAAUUUGCAGCAAUCUUUUACCCAUUUUUGUUUUGGUGAUUAUGUGAUGCUUGAGAAACAUUCAGCUUCAUUGUAUAAUUCCUUUAUCGGUAAUUCGGGUAUCCGGUCUUCUCCGGAGUUGUAAUACUGCUAGAUGACUUAAUAUUUGGGAGAAUCGAUUGAGAGAACUGUAGCUUGAUGGAUGACCGAGUCCGAGCAGUGCAGGGCCCAUUAAAAAAUGAAGAAUUACCUCCACAAGGAUGAAGGGAGCAUAAUUAGUUAAGAUGUACACAAUAACGGCAAUUCUUUUUGAUGAACAAAACUGUAAUUUACACCAAGUGCAUACGAAUUUUCUUCAUGGGCAAUUUGUGACCCGAGGGGUGUAGCUGUAUGACAUUAUGCAAUUCUUGCUAUCAAUGAAUGUUUUGUUGAGGUAUU